AUGGCGCACUAUUGUGAUUUCGGAGCGAAUCUCAACGAAAAUAUGCGGGACCAAUUUAUAUGCGGCAUAUGCAAGGAGGUGGUUCGUCAAAGACUAUUUUCGGAAGAAAAAAUAGAUUUUGGCAAAGCGGUGCUAGUGGCUACGUCCAUAGAAUCUGCGGAGCGGGAUGCGCUGACCGUAGAGGAGGGGGCGGUAGUGAGUACAAGUGGCCGACGUGGCGCGCUCGGCAGCGGUGACCGCCACGACCUUGACGACGUCCAUUACUUAUCGAAUGCAACUAACCGAAUGCGAUUGAGCGAGUGUUCUGCGUGCGGUGACUCACGCCAUCGUUGGCAGGAAUGCCGCUAUAAAUCGUUUGAGUGUAGCAAGUGUCGGAAACGGGGACACCUGAGGAGAAUGUGCCCGGAAAGCUUAGGCAGCGAGCCGGUGAAUAGUGGGGCAGGCGGAGCUUGGAAACGCGGAAGGAACAAACGAGUAGCGGCGGCGCAACGCGCACAGGCGCGGGCCGCGGGUGGCACGGUGCGCGGUUUUAUUCCCGGCGACACCGUGUGCCACCAGUGGUUCUUGACCGGACAGCGGGGGAGUCUCGAUGGCAUCGGCCGCAGGAAACGCAGGGGCAACAAAGCCUUCCUCCCGAGGCUGCAGAAGGUGGGGUGCGGGGAGUACGCGAUCGUAGGCCACCGAUCCGCUUUGGAA